UCAAUCGCCUCGUACGUAAACAUCCUUGCGCACACUGCCUACCCACCAUGCAGCGCGGCCGCAUACAACAUAGCCAUCUUGUCAAGAGUGACUGAGAGAGGGAGGUAACUGGAGGCGCUGUUUAGAUUCCCCAUUUGUUUUAAAGCUGGAAUUUAAGAGCGUGUUCCUCUCUCGAUCGCUGUUGAAAGUAAGUGUCGCCACCGGGUGACUUUAAGCUGCCGAGGUGAGUGGAUACAAAGGACUCCUUUCGGGAAGAUGUCUCGCAUACUUGUUCCGACGUAGGGGGAGUGUGCAGCAGCCAGUUGGCUUGACUUGCUAGCUAGCUCAGAGAGUGGAGGGCUGCGGGCCCUCCUCAGCCUAAAGUAGGUCCUGCAGCUGGGCAACACACUGCGACAACUGCCGUUUGACAACCGCACGACCGGGACCUUCGCGGGCCGACCUGGACUGAGACGAAGCCGCGGAUCGAUCCUCCCCGGCAGCCGGGGUCGGUGUCUGAAGCCGCAUUGCUGGACUAGACGACACGACGUGUUGCGUUACGGGCUAAUGAAACGCAACAGGAGCCCGAGAGAGGAAGGGGGAUGGCGUAGAUUCAUAUUGAUUACAGUCAUCGUUAGCUGGGCCAAGUGAAGUAGAUGCAAUAUUGCUGCUUAAUAUGAUCUAAGCCCCAUAGAAGCUCUUCCCUCUCUGAAGGAGGAUACACUUAGCCGUACUGGACUUGGAAUCAGGCUGUCAAUAUGUCGAAAAUGCCGGCCAAGAAAAAGAGCUGUUUUCAGAUCACGAGUGUGACUCAGGCCCAGGUGGCGGCUAUCGGUGCUGCCGACGACACGGAGAGUCUGGAGGACCCAGACGAGUCCCGGGCCGAAGACGUGUCGUCGGAGAUAUACGACAUGUCACGGCCCGAGUGCGAGCCUGCGUGUGGCAGAAGUUCAUCAGAAGAAGCCCUGAAUAACGUCGGAGAGCCGGAGGCGGUCGGUGUUAUGGCACCGACACACAUACCUCAAGCCGGUCAGUUGUCUGCGCUGUCGGGCAAUCUCACGGGGGAGUUUCGGAAGGUGGGAGUGCCGAGCUCAGCUCCAGGACAGCAGCCGCCCGGGAUCGGCCAGGCACGGCCCGGGGCAAUGCAGCAGCAGCAGCAGCAGCCGGCUCCAGCAGCCGGCGCCGGUGUACCGGUGAACGCACCCCAGCCUGCUGCAACUCCACCGGCCACCUCCACGGUGAGCUGCACCUCGCGCUUCAGGGUCAUUAAACUUGAUCAUGGUACCGGAGAACCCUUUCGAAGAGGCAGGUGGACUUGUACAGAGUUUUAUGAGAAAGACUCUGAGGGCUCUGCUGGUACUAGAACUGUAGAUGGCAUUAGGCAUGCCGGCGCAACAACACUGGACCCUGCUGCAGACAGGGACAGUGGGAUUGGGCACACGGGAGGCUCUGUGGUGGCCCCGGCGACACACUCAGGUCAGGGCUUGGGCUCUGUGGCGGAUGCUUCUCUCCCUUCGUCCCGCAUGCAUUCGGUGGAGAUGCCACCUCAGCAGCCUCAAAUCCACCAUCAAAACUACAACGCCCGUCAACCGGGUGUUAGUGUGACUGCCACACAGAGUGCUUUCUCCGGCAGCAAGCCAGUGGGAGGUAUUCAACCUUCUGCUCCCCAGAGCGUGUUGCCCGUCGGACAAAACGGCCUGCCUCAAUCGGUGGUCCACAUACAGAAGUCCCCUAUCAUGCCUCCAUCAGCCCAGCCUACUGCUUACCCUCCACAGCAGCAGCAUCCUAUGGGCCACCACCUGACCAGCCAGUCUUCUGUGCUGCUGCAGAACCAUACGGAGUACUAUCAGCAGCAACAGCCCACUUCCAUGCAGCCAGGGCUUUCCACUGGCCAGUCCCUCCCGGUGUCCAGCCUCUCUGCAGGACCACAGCCUGUGGGACAAGGACACCCUUCGGUCUUGCAUCCAGCCUCUGGAGGUGCUUCUGUGCCCAGUCAGGUUGGAGAUGUUGCAGGAACAGGAGGUGCAUCUGUACCUACUGGACCGCCAGCUCCUGGCCUCCUGCAGCAGCAGACUGGAGGAAUGGGGUCUGUCGGAGGCUCCAUACUGGUUGGGGGAUCCGCUUUGAGUCAGUAUACAGCCGUUGGACAGCCUCAACCCCACGGUCUCCACCCUACAUCCUCCGGUGUACAAAAUGUGCCUGCCAUCGCAGGAAGCUCCAGUGUGCCCACCACUGUGCCCAGUGCCUCCAGUGCAGCCAUGCCAAAUGUGACAACUUCCAGUUUGCCUCCAGGUCAGAUACCCCACAGCAGGACUCUAGUGGCUUUGGGGAUGCAGGGCCUCCCGGCAACUGGAUUUGGACAUGAGGGAGGUGGAGUGAAGUCAGAGGGUCUCGUCAACGCACAUUCUCCUGUUGUCUCUGGGAAGGAACCGAUGAAGCCCUUCAUGCCUGAGAGCCUGCAGCUCGCCACUCCAACUGUCAACAGCCUGUUUGGAAUCCACAUACCUGUCGACGGGGAUGUGGACAGGGCCUCGGGAACCAAUGUUGCUGCCAUUGAUAAUAAAAUUGAACAGGCAAUGGACCUGGUGAAAAGCCAUCUGAUGUAUGCGGUGCGUGAGGAGGUGGAGGUCCUAAAGGAGCAGAUCAAGGAGCUGUUUGAGAGGAACUCUGUGCUGGAAAAGGAGAACGCGGUGUUAAAAUCUCUGGCCAACAGCGAGCAGCUGUCUCAGCUGCCCGCUCAGCCGGCUACCAGCGCCGGCACCAUGCAGCAAGGACUCAGCCAGCCUCAGCAACAGGCCCAGCCUCCGCUUCAACUUCAGCCGCACCCCCAGCUCCAGACUCAGCCUCAGCUCGAUCCCAGCCAACAACAAAUGCAACCCAACGUCACCUCCGCUUGAAGUGCAUCUGCCCUGCUUCACAAAGAGUCUUCUCUACAACUUAUUACGAAUCGUGUAUGUGAAAUUAAAAAGAAGAAAACAAAAAAACAACAAAAAAAACCUGUCUUCUUAGCCACCAGCUUGACCACAAGAGCGUGUGUGUGUGUGCGAGUGUGUGUGUACUGUGGGCCUUUCCAGUGUUAAUGCAAUCAUCGAGAGAGAAAGUGUGUGUGUGUGUGUGUGUGUGGAGAGACAGUAUCAGGGAAGGUCGGGGUGUUUGUUUUCAUCUUGGAUGGGUUCCCGGAGUGGUCGACUGCUGGGUCCAAGCUCGUGGACACAAUGUCUUUUCUUGGACCAGGCCCGAGCCAGACCAGUUCGUGAUCUGAAACCUGCUCAGACCGUGGAUGUUGGAAAGGGAGGGGCUUCAGCUCACAGAAGGGACAAACGGGAGUGAUUGUCAAAAGAGCGAUUAUUUUUUUAAUAAGAUAAUUGAGUGGGGAAAAAGGGGUAUUUUAGCCUUGUUUUAUGUCGUAAGAGAGUCUGUUUUUCGGUGCGCCACAGUUACUUUUACAUCAAGUCCAACUCGUGCAUCAUUAUUUUGAGUUCUACUGUUAAGUGUUUUUAUUUAUUACAGGGCUGCUAUUCUCAAAUGAACAAUUUCACAAAACCUAACAGUAGCCCAGUGGCCCGAUUCUGCUUCUCCUCCUACAGUGUUUCAGAUUCUCCAGGGGCAACGCUUCGUUUUAAAUUGUAGGCAAAAAAAA